UUUUGAUUCGUCGCCCACCCUGGCAGCAGCACCUCGACUUUGCUUGCCUCGCCGAUGUACUGCCCAGGCUUACGAAUCUCAGAAAGAUUACGGUCUCCGUUGGUAACUGGCAUCGUGAGGGACUCCCAAAUCCGGCGAGCGAUCCUUUUCACGCCACCAUGCAAAGGCCAUUCACCUAUCUACAACCCUCGGGCUACCGCGCAAUGGCUGCUGUCGUCGACGGCCUCAAGGGCUGUGAGUCGAAGCUGUCUUCGUUUGAGGGCGGGACCUUUAGCUGGAAGUUCGUCGAGCAACUGCCCCCGCCCGACCUAUUCUCCUCCCUGACCAACAUUGCCUUCGACUUUGAGGUGCACGAAUUAGACCCGGACUCCGACUUCUACGUUCCCGAUCCUGGCAUUCCUGAAUGCCGCGCCCUGAUGGCGCGUGGAGGCCUACGCGACUUCCUGGCCGGCCUGCCCUGCCUCGAGUCUCUAUCGAUCAGCUUCGUGUUAAAUGCCGAUACUAUGGACAUUGACUACCCCGCGAGACUGGAGGACAUCAUUAAGGCCGGCCAUCACUGGCCUCGCCUCAGGUCGCUCAGCCUCGGGGACAUCGAAGUCAAAACCCAAGAGCUCAUCGACACGUUGACUCUGCACCAGGACACGCUGCGGCGACUCGAGUUGCACGACAUUCGGUUGUCGACCUCUUGGCUUACAUUUCUCCCUAACGUCUCGGAGCUCCUAGAGCUUGACGAAGCCUCUAUCUGGGGAGAUAUCUACGGGGCCAGACAAUUCGCGCUGGGGCUGGUCUGGGUUGAGCAUUGGGACAUGGGAGAGCCGCACCUGUGGCCAGACGACUCUUUCCGGACCGACCUGGGCGCCUAUCUCGCCAACGGGGGCACGUGCCCCCUCAACCACAACAACCAGGGCAGGAGACUGUCGCCAGGCUACGACCCGUUCUCCCUCGGGCUAGGGAACCUGUUUUAGGCCCGACGGACGGACGAGGCUGGAGCUAUGAGCUAGACGUUCAGGGUAGAGACGCAAGUGUAUUUCUAGCAUGUGCAUUUUUGUUUCAACACGGAUCUUUCAAUCUCCCACCGGGGGUCUAAGUUCGGUGGUGCACUAAUCUAAUUCGCGUAUCGUACAUUGGCUUCGGCUUUAUUGGCUUAUUGAUAGCGA